GUCGUUCCUUCGCUCCUUUUCCUUUCUCCUUCUUUCUUCUCCCCCUUGCAGGUUCUGCUGUUCUUGCAUUCUCCCCUGAUUUGACACUUUCCGCUCCACGAGGCGCCUGUCACCGUCCCCCUAUCUCGACUCCCUUUGUUGAAUUGCCGCCGUGACGCCGCUCUGCGUCCGCCGAUCUAAUGGAUUAGCGCCGUCUUACCUAUUUAUAUCUCAACUUUUUUUUUCUCUCUCUGAUUGUUAAGGGUUCGUUGUCCUCUUGACCCUCGGAUUCCAAUUUAUGUGCGCAAUAUUCGAAAGAAGAUUAUUUACUCGGACUAUAUAGCGAUAGUUCCACGCGAAUCCCGUCUCGCCGACCGUCGAUCGACCAGACACUGCUGGCAGUGUUGUAUACCUCCUGGUUCCCCCUCCGCUCCCCACCUCUCCGGGUUCCAUGGAUUUCUCCGUCCUCGAAGCACGCUCCGAUUCGAGCGGUCGACCCUCGUCCUACAAGGCCAUCGGCGUUUCGCUCGCCGUCGCAUCAGGUGUCUUCAUCGGUGUCUCGUUCGUGUUGAAGAAAAUCGGCCUGCUGAAGGCCAACCUCAAGUACAAUGAAGAAGCCGGCGAGGGAUACGGCUACCUGCGCAACUUCUGGUGGUGGACGGGGAUGACUCUGAUGAUCGUGGGCGAAAUCUGCAAUUUCGUGGCGUAUGCGUUUGUGGACGCCAUCCUCGUGACGCCGUUGGGGGCGCUUUCCGUCGUCAUCACGACCAUCCUGUCCGCCAUCUUCCUGAAGGAGCGCCUUAGCUUCGUCGGCAAAGUCGGUUGUUUCACUUGCAUCUUGGGCUCCGUGGUCAUCGCCAUGAAUGCGCCCGAGCAGUCGUCCGUGAAUAACAUCCAGGAUAUGAAGGCCUAUGUCAUCACCCCCGGGUUCCUGACAUAUGCCGGGGUGAUCGUCGUGGGCGCUGUCGUCACCGCCGUGUGGGCGGGGCCGCGAUACGGCAAGAAGAGCAUGUUCGUCUAUAUCAGCAUCUGCAGUACGAUCGGCGGGCUGAGCGUGGUGGCCACGCAGGGACUGGGAUCGGCCAUUCUGGCGCAGAUCAACGGCCAGUCGCAGUUUAAGGAGUGGUUUUUGUAUGUGUUGUUGGUGUUUGUCGUGACGACGCUGCUGACGGAAAUCAUCUAUCUUAAUAAAGCGUUGAACAUCUUUAAUGCCGCCCUCGUCACCCCGACUUACUACGUCUUCUUCACCAGUGCCACCAUCAUCACCUCGGCUGUUCUCUUCCAAGGUUUCAAAGGAACGGGCAUGCAGAUCGCCACCGUCGUCAUGGGAUUUCUCCAGAUCUGCGCGGGAGUGGUGCUGCUGCAGCUGUCCAAGUCGGCCAAGGAUGUUCCCGACGCGGCAGUCUUCAAGGGCGACCUGGAUCAGGUGCGCGAGGUGGCCACGCAGGAAGAACCCGAAUACGAGCCCAAGGCCGAUUCGAUUCGCGGGGCGGCCGCUAUCAUUCGACGAUUGUCGACUCCGCGUCGCACGAUGGAGGCCGAGGAGGCGCGCCGGUAUUACCGGGAGCGACAAGAAGAUCAACAGCACCAACCGGGCGAUAACGAGAUCAUCGAAUGGGAUGGGUUGCGCCGGCGCAAGACCGUUCUCGGGGAGGGCCCGACGAUGUCACGAAGUCGCACGGCAUCGAUGAAGAAGAAUCAAUUGCCGCCAUUGCCUCCGAUGCCCCCGCUAGGCAUGUCCAAAUUCCCCGAGUAUGAGGAGGAAACGCGCCCCACGACGCAACAGAGUGGCCAUUCGUUCCUCGAGGAGAUCCGCCCGCGGCGAACCAGCCGGGCGUCCACCUGGCAGCCCAUCCCGGAGGAGCACGAACCGGGGAUGGACCCGGUGUCGCUGACCUCCAUGUCCGGGCAGCCGCGCCAUCACGUCGACACAAGCUAUCACGGCCACCAUCGCACCGAGACGCCCCGAUCGGUGGUGUCGUUUGCCAGCGAGGACACCAGGGAGCACAGUCCGGCGCGACGGCAGUUUUCGUUCAACAUGUUCCAUCGCAACAAAGCGGCGGCUGAAGCCCCGUCUCCCAAACCAACACGCAGCAUCCUACGACACAGUCACCACCACCACAGCGAUUCUCAGACGACGGAAGAGGAGCGGCUCGGGCUGGUCAAGGGGGAUUCCCGCCAGGAAGAGGAUGGCGACGAGCCGCUAGGCCGGGGUUCGAUUGACAGCGACCCGGGGUAUGAGUCUGGCCAUACCACCUACCAAGGACCGAGUCCAGGCCCUCCGGGGUACUAUCAAGCGGUCGGAUCUUCUGAUCCCCACCAUCAUCCUCUCCAUUACCAGCCUCCUCCUCCUCCCCCGUCGGCAGCCGCAUCCCGGACCCGACGGAAUCCUCUGCCCCCGUUGCCUGACGAGGAGCCAUUGGAGGAUCCGUAUGUGAAUUUCGAGCCUUACGGCGACCACAACCGACACGGCUCAAGCGGCAGUGUCGGGUCAUUAUCGUCGGGGCCAAGUCGAGGACGAGGCCAUGGAUGGCGACGUCAUUCAAAGACGGGAGAGGACGUAUCCUUAUAAAUAUGAUUUUUUUUUUUGAUUGUUUGCUUGUAUUAUUAUGAUCUUUAAUGACAGAUUAUGUAGUAUGAAUGAUAUGAUAAUGAUAAU